AUGCCUGACGACAACUCUAAAGCUCAACCAUCCACUAAACCUCAAUGCAGUAAAGAAACAGCAUCAUCCUCUCAACCCACUACUUCAGGAAGUGGCAUUCUCAGCAGAAUGAUCCAAAGUCUUGCCAAAAUUGCUGAUCCCAGAAAUGGCGUUCCUGGUGAUCCGGAUGGUACGAUGAUUGCUGAAUACUAUACUGUACACGAGCGAAUGAGAAUCACCGAUCAACCGAUAGUAGGUGAUCAGUAA